AUACACAGAUCUUUCAUGACUCUCACCCAAAAGGCUCUACGAGACUGGUCCCAGUUUCCUAGCGUAUGCGGUAGCAUACAGGGUUAUUUUGGAAAGACCUUAACGGAAUCCUUUCUCUUUGACACCGAUGCUCAGGCCCUUUCUCAAUCAUAUCUCCAUGGGCUCACGGUCCUUUUUCAGAGUACCAAGUGUGAGAUUACGGGACAGUAUGACAACAAGGACACGUUUCAGAGACUAUGGUCAAUAAUCGAGUAGUGGAGUACCCAACUCUCAGAUAUCAUACAAACACACGAUUCCCAUCACCUCGACAAUUCCACAGUUUGGACUGUUCUCGAUGAACUCCACGAGCUCGUCCACACUCUCUUUCUUGGGGGUAUUCCCGAGAUAUACUGGGGGCCUCAUAUGCUUAUUGCUUCCCAACUAUAUCUCAAAGUGAUCCAAAGCCAUCAUCCCAAUCUCCGCCGGUUGAGAUUCCGUCUCGAAGUAUUACUCGUGCAAUAUCAUGAGGAAGAAGAUGUCAAUGAACGUCCACUGACAGACUUUUAUUCACUCACCAAUACGUCUCACGAUACUAUAAUGGAUUGCUUCAGACGGACGAUCGCACUUAUCCAGGACUCCACCAUCACUUUUGAGGACCGCCUCCACAUCCACAGCUUCGUCUUGAUCGUCACCAGAUCGUCUCCGAACUACGGUCGCAUAUUCCUUGCGAAUAGGGCCCUUUACUGGCUAUGCACGAGCAUGGCGUAUCUUCCCGACCUCUUAGCUGCGGAUCCAUACAAGUACGGGAAGCAGGCCCUGUCUGUGGGCCUAAAAUAUCUCGCUAAUCAGUUCCACCUGUCGGGGCCCGAAUACAUCAGCGAAGCACUGGAUGCGGACAUUCUGAAUACGGUGCUCCAGUUGGAUAGGCUCUUCCCUUGGUUGUCCGAUGUGUUUGUCUGUAUUUUGGAUGCCCUCCACAGUCGCUUGAUCUUUCGGGGUGUGGAAAGGAGAGCUCGGAAGGCUUUGAAUAAGAUUGAGAAGCAUAGCCUGGACGCUGAUUUGAAGCCGGGAGCCACUCGGGAUGCCUGGCUAACUAUGAAAUCAUGCGCACAGCACGUUCACGCCUACAAGAAUUACUACCAUAGUGCGAAUUACGACAAUGAGUUGCAAUGCAACAAUUCUCAGUGUCCUAAUGACUCGGUCGGAAAACAUCCUAAACGGUGCCCUAGCUGCUGGAUCACCUUAUACUGCUCCCGCUCAUGUCAAAAAGUCGAUUGGAAAGGACAUCGUGAGGAAUGCCAUAAAUGGGCACAACAACGGAAAGAUGGCACCCCUGGACCAGUCGGCAAGCAUGACUAUUUCUUCAUCCGCCGCUACGUCAUCGAAGAACUCAAAGCCAACGGGCGCCAUAUUCGUGACCUGAAGAGGGAAUACUUAAAAACACACCCAGACAUCCCUAUCAGGCGGCUUGUAAUCGACUGCGACUAUUAUGAUCUGUCUUGGACCUUCCGGAUCAUAUCGCCUAAAGAUACCGAAGAAAGGGUAGCAGGGGUGAUGCCGCCUGAGCUUUUCGAUCGUUCAGACAGAGGAAAGUCCCAACUCGUAAGGCUUGCUGUGCCUUGGAAAGGAGGGCCUGAAAAUAUGGUGGUCCAUGUCUUCUAUACUCCACACUACCCUUCGGAUGAACACCUGCUCAUUCGAGGUUUGUAGAAACGCAAUCAUUGUGAUUUCCUCCUUUCACAUUGAGGCCCGGCGUUUCAUUAUCGCUUAGGUAGUUCUGAACACUGAGAUUCCCAAGGUCCGUGUUAUAAAUCAAUUAUACAAAUGCCAUAUAACUAGUAUGCGUGAGGUAUAUAAAAGUAAAAGAAUUAACCAAAAUAAACAUAUAUGCAAUUAUAUCAAGAUAACCACCACCAGCAAGAUACACAGAACCAGUAUCAGCACGAGGAUGCACCAUCCACUGCCUCGUUCUUCUGACUGCCGUAUGAACCGUCUCAUACGGCUCAUGGCGUUCCCUAACUUGCUGUCUGUCCGGUCGACACCCGACUCCAGGUCAGUGAGCAGUCUGAAAAGAAGAUCCGUCAGUCAAGGGA